CCAAAACCUGAGCUCAGCUCCAUUUUCAGUUAAAAAACACUUCUUUCCCAUCACCAUCUCUGAUCUGAAUUGUUACCCAAAAUCAAGAAAACAAAACCCUCACUACUACCCCCAACUCAAACAGCAAUAAGAAAAUCAUGAGUCAACCCCCCCUGAAUUCUCCUCCAUCUUCUUCAGAUCUCAUCAUUACCCUUUCAAUUUCCAUAUGAUUUUUUCUCAAGAUUAGAUUUUUACCAAAAAAAUGGUAAUCCCAUCAUCAUCAUUUACAAUAAGAAGAGUAAAUCAGAGCAGCAAAUUUGGGAAAUGGACUUCCUUUUGUUCGUUAAGACAAAGUUUAUUGAUAACCCUUUGGUUAUCUGUAUUCAUUGUGUUAUUCAUUUGGCAGAAGAAUUUAUUUGACGGGUUAUUGAUUUUCAGAAGAAAUUCUGGGUCUGGGGGUGUUUUGAUGAUACCUAAGUUGAGACCAUUUGUGUUUAAUUUGACUGAUUUUGGUGGUGUUGGAGAUGGAAGAACUGUGAAUACUAGAGCAUUUGAGAGGGCAAUCUUGGAAAUAUCUAAAUUGAAGAAUAGGGGUGGUGGGCAGUUGAAUGUGCUUGAUGGGUAUUGGCUUACUGCUCCAUUUAAUCUUACUAGUCAUAUGACUCUUUUUCUGUCUCAAAAUGCUGUCAUUCUUGCUAUUCAGGAUGAGAAGUACUGGCCAUUGAUGCCCCCAUUGCCGUCAUAUGGAUUUGGGAGGGAGCAUCCUGGUCCUCGAUAUGGGAGUCUGAUCCAUGGUCAAAAUCUCACUGAUGUCACUAUUACAGGUCAUAACGGUACCAUCGAUGGACAAGGUAAAUCAUGGUGGGAUAAGUUUCGACAGAAACGUCUCAACCACACAAGAGGUCCACUCGUGCAGAUUAUGUGGUCACGUGACAUCCGGUUCUCUAACAUAACUCUGCAAAAUUCUCCCUUUUGGACACUCCAUCCCUACGAUUGCAAGAAUGUCUUUGUAACAAACGUCACCAUACUGGCACCUGUUGUUGGUGCCCCAAAUACUGAUGGAAUCGAUCCUGAUUCAUGUGAGAACAUGGUAAUAGAGGACUGUUACAUCAGUGUUGGGGAUGAUGGGGUUGCAAUAAAAAGUGGUUGGGAUCAAUACGGAAUCAAUUACGCAAAGCCUUCUACAAACAUUCUCAUCAAAAAUGUUGUCAUUCGUUCUAUGGUCAGUGCUGGAGUAUCUAUAGGCAGUGAGAUGUCAGGUGGAGUCUCAAAUGUAAGAGUAGAGAACCUCCACGUUUGGAGCUCAAGACGAGGAGUGCGGAUCAAGACCAGCCUUGGUAGAGGAGGGUACGUUCGAAACAUAACCUAUCGUAAUAUAAUGUUUGACAAUCUUCGAGUAGGAAUUGUUAUUAAGACAGACUACAAUGAGCAUCCUGAUGAAAGAUAUAACCAUAAGGCAGUCCCAGUAAUUGAGGACAUAAGCUUUACUGGUAUCUACGGAAACGGUGUCCGUGUUCCAGUCCGCCUUAAUGGAAGCUUAGAGAUACCAGUGAAGAAUGUUGUUUUCAGAGAUAUGUCUGUAGGUAUAACUUACAAGAAGAAACAUAUUUUCCAAUGCGCUUUUGUUCAUGGUCGUGUAAUUGGUUCUAUUUUUCCUUCCCCUUGUGAAAACUUAGAUCGGUAUGAUGAGCAAGGCCAGCUUAUCAGGCGUUCUGCAAUGCAUAACAUUACUAACAUAGAUUACGAUUUCUGAUCAAAUAGAGUUGCAGAUUCUUGUUCUCUUGAAACAGUUUCAGUCUUUCGCCUUUCUUGGCUUGAUCCAAUUUAACAUAUAUCAUACUGCUUUAGAUUCAGCAGGAAACUCCAAAUCCCUUUCUUGGUAGAUGAGAUCUUUUUCUUUAGUUUUUGUAUCAUUUUGUUUUGUUUGAUUCUUUCCUCCUCCACUGUUUGGUUGUCAACUUGUAUAUUACUUUCAUAAUUCCAAUUGUUUAUAUUCAAAUUUUAAAGUUGCUUCA